AUGAACAGAAGAGGUAAGGAUGUCAACUGGUCAAAAAUAGUAAAUGCAUCGCCUAAACCAAAGAUACUUUGCUUAGAAGAGGAUGACAGUGAUGGUCUUUUUUACUGCCCAGUGCAAAUUUGUAACCACGAUGGAUUCAGUAUGCAAAGAGGCUGUAGAAAACACAUUAUGAACAAACAAAGUUGGUACUAUUACUUCGACAAGAAGCCAGACAGUACUCAAAUCAAUAUGCUUAGUCAAUGAAACCAACAAAUUGUGAAGCCAGUGAUCAAAAGAUUACACCGCAUAAGAGCAGGGCAAUUGUCUGUUUUGAUCCUACAAACAACAUUGCCAAGAACUUUUUUUUUGUGGCUCACUGGCAGUGGUGGGGGCUGUAG